GUCAAACCCUCUCCCAUUCCCUCCUCGGAUACGCACGGUGUGGAUCGUCACCCAACAAGGCAAGGAGUUCGCGAUUCGGAGGAGAGAUCCUAACACUGAGGUAAAACCUGCAGACAUCGUCACUGCUCUGUGUACCAUAUCCGGAAAAUCGAAUAUGCUUGGAAUCUGGAACUCAUUGCCUGAGGGCGUGGUGAAAACAGUAACUCUCAUGAAACUUACGAAGCUUCUGUGAGUACUGAACGUAAACGGUAAGAACUGAAGACAACUCGGAAACAUGAGUGAGGCCUCAGUGAAGUCACACGCAUGCAACUCCACCAUGCAGGACCGAAACAUCAGCUCCAGCUGCGGUACCCACGCCUCCCCUUGGUUUUCAACUAUAUUUGCCGCUGCCGGGGUCCUGUCUAACCUGAUUGCAUUGGCGGUGCUAGUCAGCGCUUACAGGAAGGCUCGGAGUAGGUCUCGCUCCUCCUUCUUGAUUUUCCUCUGUGGCCUGGUGUUGACAGACUUCUUAGGCCUUGGUACAACAGCGUUGAUCGUCGUGACUUAUCAUCACACUAAAUUCAGCUGGGAGAAAGUUGACCCCAACAACCACCUCUGCAGAUUUUUGGGAUUUUCCAUGGUGUUUUUUGGACUCACUCCUCUGCUGCUGGGAGCCACCAUGGCUGUGGAGCGUUUCCUAGGAAUCAACAAGCCGUUCCUGCGCUCUACCAACGCCUCGAAACGUCGUGCUUGGUGCACCGUCUUCCUCAUUUGGCUGUUUGCCUCCAGCAUCGGGCUCUUCCCUAUCUGCGGCUUUGGACAUUACACGCGUCAGUGGCCCAAUUCCUGGUGUUUCUUCAACAUGAUAAACAGCACAAGUGAUGCUGCAUUUUCAAUGGUGUUCUCUAGCGUGGGAUUGUUAUCUCUCAUACUGUCUGUUUUCCUGAAUACAAUCAGCGUGGUUACACUCUUAAAAGUUUGCUUCAAGAGGCUGAGCGUUGAAAGGAGGAGAGAUCACGAAGUAGAAAUGAUGGUCCAGCUCGUGGGUAUAAUGAUAAUUGCCACAGUGUGCUGGGCUCCAUUAUUGAUGCUUAUCUUCAAAAAGACCCUGAUGGAUUUGCCAGAUAACGAACAACUGAAAAAAACCCUCAUCACUUGCGUCCGAAUUGCCACAUGGAACCAGAUCCUCGAUCCUUGGGUUUACAUAUUGUUCCGAAGAUCAGUUUUGAGAAAGUUCAACUCAAGUUUACGGUCCAGACCUUCGAUAUCGUCAUUGUACCCCUCUAUAAAUGCAUCGUACAGCAGAAGAUUUACACAGGGCUCAGUAAUGACCUCCUAAUUAACAGUUCAGACUGAAUUCCACUGACUUUGACCAAACUAGACUUAGUUGUAAAUAAUGUAUUUUAUGUUAUAUUAAAGCUUGCUUCUUUGUAGUAUAUGUAAUAUUGGUUGUAAACAAUAAUUGUUUCUUUAAGACCAUCAUUUCUCUAAGAACUGUGUUAUGUGACCAACUGCUCGGAGGGUUACAGCAUUGUACGUUUGUAUAUAAAACAUAGAAGAGUAUAGCAUAGGAACAGGCCCUUCAGCCCACAAUGUUGUACCAAAUUAAAAACACCCAAAAACUAAUCCCUUGUACCUACAUAAUGUCCAUAUCCGUCCAUCAUCCUUACAUCCAUCUUCCUACCUAAACAUCUCUUAAAAGCAUUCCAGGCAUCCACUACUCUCCGAGUAAAAAACUUACCCCUCACAUCCCCUUUCAACUUAGCCCCUCUCACCUUCAAUGCAUGCCUCUGAUAUUAGACAGGAGAUGGUACGUUCUCCCCUUGCCUGCAUGAUUCUCCGGGUUCUCUGGUUUCCUCCCACAGUCCAAAGAUGUACCGGUUGGUAGGUUAGUUGGUCAUUGUAAAUUGUCCCGUCAUUAGGCCAGGGUUAAGUCGGGCGUUACUGGGCAUUGUGCCUCGAAGGGCCGGAAGGACCUGCUCCACACUGUAUGUUAAUAAAUAAAUAAUCUCUGACCACUCUGUCUGUGCCUCACAUAAUCUUAUAAACCUCUAUCAGAUUACCCCUCAGCCGCCAGCACUCCUGAGAAAACAAGCAAGUUUAUUCAGCCUGUCGUGAUAGUGCAUGCUGAUAUGGAGUGCCUUUGAGGCAGUUGGGCUCUUGGUAAACAAAACAUAGCUUAUUUUGACCACCUUGUGUCGUAAAUGUACACCACGGUGGACAAAUACAUUAACCAUGUAUGUUUUAUCAACCAUUGUUAAAGCAUGGAGUGACCUGGUGUCCUGCAUAAAAACACAGAGGCUUUUGACUGUAGAAUUGAUAUUGAAUACAUUAAAAGUGCUGUAUUUAAAUUCAGUUAACAUUGGGUUAAUUUUACGCAAAGGAAACAUGAAAGGCAAAUAUGAACAGUGAUAGCAACACUCACAAAAUGCUGGAGGAACUCAGCGGGCCAGGCAGCAUCAAUGGAAAAGAGUAAACAGUUGACAUUUCGGGUCAAGACCUUUAAUCAGGACUAUCAGCAUCUACAGAUUUUCUCAUGCUUGUGAUGAACAGUGAAAGCUCAUUAAAAAUAUUGGAUAGCAUGACUUUGGUUUUGCAGCACAUCAAAGUAAUUAGAAGAAGAAAAAUUGCCAUUAAAGCAAAUACUUUGUCAAGAGGAACACAUACCAAAAGCUGGAGGAACUCAGCAUCUAUCGAAAUGUCAACAUUUCAGGACAGGACCUUUCAACAGCACUGGAAAGAAAGGAAGAAGAUGCCAGAAUAGGAAGGUGAGGGAAGGAGAAGGAAGACAAGCUAGAAGGUGAUAGGUGCAGCCAGUAGAGGGGAGAUGAAGUAAGAAGCUGGAAGGUGAUAGGUAGAAAAGGAUGAAGGGCUGAAGAAGAAGGAAUCUGAUAGGAGAGGAGAGUGGACCAUGGGAGAAAGGGAAGGAAGAGGGGCACCAAGGGAGAAGAGGUAAGAGGCCGGAGUGGGGAAUAGAAGAAGAGAGAAGGGGGAGGGGGAAUUACCAGAAGUUCAAGGAAACAAUGUUCAUACCAUCAGGUUGGAGGCUACAAAAAACUGAGGUGCAAAGGGACUUAGGAAUUCUUGUGCAGGAUUCCCUAAAGAUUAAUUUGCAGGUUGAGUCUGUGGUAAGAAAGGCAAAUGUGAUGUUAACAUUAAUUUCAAGGGGAAUAGAAUAUAAAAGCAAGGAUGUAAUGUUGAGUCUUUAUAAAGCACUGGUGAGGCCUCACCUGGAGUACCGUGAGCAAUUUUGGGCCCCUUAUCUUAGAAAGGUUGGGCUGACACUGGAGAGGCUUCAAAGGAGGUUCACGAAAAUGAUUCUGGGAUUGAAUGGCUUGUCAUAUGAAGAGUGUUUGAUGGGCUGGGCCUGUAUUCACUGGAAUUCGGAAGAAUGAGGGGUGACCUCAUUGAAACCUAUGGAAUGGUGAAAGGCCUUGAUAGAGUGGAUGGAGAGAGGAUAUUUACGAUGGUGGGAGAGUCUAAGACCAGAGGACACAGUCUCAGAAUAAAGUAGCAUCUUUUUAGAAUGGAGAUGGGAAGGAAUUUCUUUUGCCAGUGAGUGGUAAAUCUGUGGAAUUCUUUGCCACGAGCAACUGUGGAGGCCAAGUUUAUAUAUUUAAGGCAAAGGUUGAUAGAUUUUUGAUUGGUCAGGGCAUGAGGGGAUACAGGGAGAAGGCAGGAGAUUGGGGCUGAGAGGAAAAUUGGAUCAGUCAUGAUGAAAUGGUGAGGCAGACUCGAUGGGCCAAAUGGCCAAAUUCUGCUCCUUUAUCUUAUGGUCUUUGUCAAAAAAAAAUUGGCAAAUAAAAGUGAAUUCAGAACAUGAAAACAUUUGUUGCUGCAACUAUAUUUAUGGAAAUAAGCCAAAAAUGAUGUGGAAGUUCCAAGAUUCAUGUAUUGAUGAUGUGUUUGGCUCUCCCUCAAG